CUCCCCACCUAUCCAGCCGCGGUAUAUGUACCACUCGGGCUUGCAGUCGAACAGAAAUAGCCGACACCUUCCACCCCAACGGCUCCGGUAGAUCGAAUAUCUCAGGGCUCCGUCUUCGACGUCGUAUAUCCUGUACGUAUGACUGAAAAAAGGCAGGCCCGAAUAACGAACGGUGAACCACGGCUCAGUGGGCCUGUGCGACGUCUUGUCCGCGUAGCUCCAAGCCGUGGUCUUCUUCCGCGGGGAGAACCAGUGGCCCCCGAAGUGCAGGACGCGCCCGCCGAACUUGUUGCGCGCCUCGUAGCUGAUGCGCAGUCGCUCCUGACGUGCUGCCCCGAGAAGAGAAUGACCGCCGAGGCGGCGUCGGAGGAUCCUUACUUCUGGGAGCGGCCGUACGCCCUGGAGCCGUCCAUGAUGCCCACCUUCACGGAGACGAACAGCACCGGCCACGAGCAGAGGCGCCCCGCCCUGCGCACCAUCCGCAACCCGCUCGCGGCCGCCAACGGGGCCGCGGCGACGCUGGCGGCGGAGCGGCGGGGGCUGCCGGAGGUGCUGCUCGGCAAGGUGGCCCUGCGGAGCAAGCCUUGAGGGCCCUCCCCUCGCCGCGGCGAGUGCUCCGGACCGCCGGCCGGGGCGGCCGCGGAAAAGCCCUCCGUACGCAUCCUGAUCUUCCCCCCCUCCCUUUGGACGUUUCCUAUCAUAUCAAUUGGAGUCGCUUGCAGCUGC